AUGUCUAUGGUUGAUGAACCGCUAUACCCAAUAGCCGUUCUCAUAGACGAGCUGAAAAAUGACGACAUCCAGCUACGAUUGAACUCAAUCCGCAGGCUCUCUACCAUUGCACGUGCUCUUGGGGAAGAACGAACCCGUAAGGAGUUAAUCCCCUUUCUGAGCGAAAACAAUGAUGACGAUGAUGAGGUACUUCUUGCAAUGGCAGAAGAGUUGGGGGUCUUCAUUCCAUAUGUUGGGGGAGUGGAGCAUGCACAUGUUUUGCUCCCACCCUUGGAAACCCUUUGCACUGUCGAGGAAACCUGUGUGAGGGACAAGGCUGUGGAGUCAUUAUGUAGGAUUGGGUCUCAGAUGAGGGAGGGUGAUUUAGUGAACUGGUUUAUUCCUCUUGUGAAGAGGUUGGCAGCUGGUGAAUGGUUUACAGCUCGAGUAUCUGCAUGUGGGCUUUUUCAUAUUGCCUACCCUAGUGCACCAGAGACAUUGAAGACGGAACUGCGGUCAAUUUACAGUCAGUUGUGUCAAGAUGACAUGCCUAUGGUUAGAAGGUCUGCUGCAACAAACCUGGGGAAAUUUGCAGCAACUGUCGAACCUGCUCAUCUGAAGACUGAUAUCAUGUCCAUAUUUGAGGAUCUUACACAAGAUGAUCAAGAUUCUGUUCGACUUUUGGCUGUUGAGGGCUGUGCUGCUCUUGGAAAGUUGUUGGAGCCCCAAGACUGUGUUGCACAUAUCCUUCCUGUUAUUGUUAACUUCUCUCAGGAUAAGUCUUGGCGUGUGCGUUACAUGGUUGCAAAUCAACUAUAUGAGCUUUGUGAAGCUGUGGGGCCUGAGCCUACGAGGACGGACUUGGUUCCUGCUUAUGUGCGGUUGCUUCGAGAUAAUGAGGCUGAAGUACGUAUAGCAGCUGCUGGCAAAGUUACUAAGUUUUGUCGGAUUUUAAGCCCAGAACUUGCAAUUCAGCACAUUCUUCCAUGUGUGAAGGAGCUGUCAUCAGAUUCUUCCCAACAUGUCCGGUCUGCUUUGGCUUCAGUUAUAAUGGGAAUGGCUCUUGUAUUAGGAAAGGAUGCUACAAUUGAGCAGCUCCUUCCCAUUUUUCUUUCGCUUCUGAAGGAUGAAUUUCCGGAUGUGCGCCUUAAUAUCAUUAGCAAGCUUGAUCAAGUGAAUCAGGUUAUUGGAAUCGAUUUGCUAUCUCAAUCCUUAUUACCAGCCAUAGUUGAGCUUGCGGAGGAUAGACAUUGGAGGGUUCGGCUUGCAAUAAUAGAGUACAUACCUUUGUUGGCAAGUCAGCUGGGUGUAGGGUUCUUUGAUGAUAAGCUUGGUGCCCUUUGCAUGCAGUGGCUACAGGAUAAGGUCUACUCAAUUCGUGAUGCUGCCGCUAACAAUUUGAAACGUCUUGCAGAAGAGUUUGGCCCAGAAUGGGCAAUGCAGCAUAUUAUUCCACAGGUUCUGGAGAUGAUCGACAAUCCACACUAUUUGUAUCGAAUGACAAUUCUACGUGCAGUCUGCCUCCUUGCCCCAGUUAUGGGUUCAGAAAUCACAUGUUCAAAACUGCUGCCAGUGGUUGUCAAUGCGUCAAAGGACAGGGUUCCCAACAUCAAAUUUAAUGUAGCAAAGGUGCUGCAGUCCCUUAUCCCCAUAGUUGAUCAGUCUGUGGUGGAGAAGACAAUUCGGCCCUCUUUGGUUGAGCUGAGUGAGGACCCCGAUGUUGACGUCCGAUUUUUUGCUAACCAGGCACUUCAGGCAAUUGAUCAUGUCAUGAUGUCAAGCUAG